CCUCCCUGCCCCCGGCCCCCGACCUGGACCCCGACCCAGACCCCGAUCCUGACGGGCUGCACCCACACGAGGAGCAGUAUGUGAGCGAGGCCGAGGCCAGCCUGCUCCCCACGCAGCCGGAGCCCCCCGCCUGCAGGGAUGCCGAGACCAUCACAGAUGUGUGUAACAGCACCGACCUGCCAGAGUUCGAGAUCAUCAGCCUGCUGGAGGAGCAGCUGCCGGUGUACCGGCUGAGGGCCGACACCGUCUAUGGCUACGACCACGAUGACUGGCUGCACACGCCGCUGGUCGCCCCGGACACCAGGAUCGACCUGACCACCGAGCAGAUCGAAGAGACCCUCAAAUACUUCUUACUAUGUGCAGACAGAGUGGGCCAGAUGACGAAGACCUACAAUGACAUCGAUGCUGUCACACGUCUGUUGGAGGAGAAAGAGAGAGACAUGGAGCUGGCUGCAAGAAUCGGUCAAUCGCUUCUUAAGAAAAACAGAACUCUGACCGAGCAGAAUGACUAUCUGGAGGAGCGAGUGGGACAAAUCACAGAAGAGGUGGCUCAGCUGCACCAUGAGCUGAACCUGAAGGACGAGCUGCUGCAGUUUUACACCAACGCCAUCGAGAGCGAGGACGAGUCCAGCAGCUCCCCAACGGGUAAAAGAAGUCAAGUGGAAAUCGCUCCGGGGGGCACGCUGCAGAGGAAACUCAAAGAGCUGGAAGAGGAGAACCUCUCUCUGCGCUCAGAGGCAAACCAUCUGAAAUCGGAGACAGAAACAUAUGAAGAAAAGGAGCAGCAGCUUGUCAACGACUGUGUGAAAGAGCUCCGGAUGUCCAGUCUCCAAAUCAACACCAUAGCGGAGGAGUUGGCUCGUAAGACUGAAGAUGCUUCCCGCCAACAGGAAGAUAUCACACACCUGCUCUCUCAGCUAGUAGACCUGCAAAAGAAAACCAAAACUUUUGCGGUGGAGAAUGAGGAGCUUUCUCAGCACCUGGUGGCAGCUAAAGAUGCCCAAAGGCAGCUCACACUGGAGCUCCAGGAGUUGGAUGAGAAGUACCUGGAGUGUAUCGAGAUGCUGCAUGAAGCUCAGGAGGAGCUGAAGAACCUGAGGAACAGGAACUUCCCUGCAGGAACGCCUCGCCGCUGCCAUCCUCUGGGACUCUACCCGAUGGAUUCUCUGGCAGCAGAGAUCGAGGGAACGAUGAGGAAGGAGUUGAGUAUGGAUGACCCCGAGUGCGAGGAACAGAAAGUCCACCGGAGGCGUGUGUUUGAGACGGUGAAGAACGUGAACCAGACGGUCCGUCAGCGCUCUCUGACUCCGACCAGCAACAUCCCGGGGUCCAACCAGUCUCUGUCGGCCCGCACGUCUCCACAGUCCAGCGGCCUCUCCACGCCGUACAGUAGCAUGUACGGAGGAGACGUCAGCGGAGACAGCGUCGCCCUCGACAACCGAACGCAGAGCAUCCUGAUGGAGAAGGCAGCCAAUCAGGACAGCAGCUCAGAGGGUCGAGAGAAGAAGGCAGCCGGAGCGGAGGACCUUCGUCUCGCCCUGCGCCGCCUUUCUCUGCGUCGACAAAACAACCUGAGCGAGAGGCGCUUCUUUGAAGAGGAGAGGGUUCGGAAACGAGGAGGAAACGAAGGUCUACAUGACGCCAUGGGCCAGGAGAGUGGGAUGACCCCCUCGGAAAGCAUCAUGUCCCUCGGGAACCUCCACCUUUGGGCCUCUCGGGGGCCCUACCUCCCCGACAAACUCCAGAUCGUCAAACCGCUCGAAGGCUCGGCCACGCUGCACCACUGGCAGCAGUUAGCGCAGCCUCACCUCGGGGUGAUCCUGGACGCCCGGCCGGGGGUCGUGCCGAAGGGAUACAGACCCCUGGAGCUGGACCUGGAGCAGGUUUAUCCGUGGGGGGGCUUUGAGGAGGAAGAGCCAGGAGAGCAGUACUUCCAGAAUCUUCCCACCUCCACCUCCUCUGCCUCGCUCGCCGUGCCCCCCACCUCUACCUCCACCUUCAUCACCGCGGUCACCAGCAUCGGGCAGCCUCCCACCCCCAUCCUCACUCCACCUUCACCCCCAUCACCGUCUCCACACCUCAGCAACUUAGAUGCCUUGGCUGCAUACUACCCAGGUAAAUGCAUGGCCCACACCAGCUCCACCUACACCUUCACUACCUGUCGGAUCCUCCACCCGACGGAUGAGCUGACCCGGGUCACACCCAGUCUGAACCCCGUCCCCUCGUCGUCCUCCUGUGUGAUGACCAGCUCUCUGUUGGGGACCCCUGCUGUGACGCCCUGCACCCCCCGCAGGCUCAGCCUCAUGCCGUCCGAAUCCUCCACCAACCUCAGAGAUGCGACACGCACCACCAGCACCUCCCUGGGGCUGGUGCGCCUCCUGCAGGAGCGAGGGAUCUCAGCAGCCAUGUAUCACCAGAGCCAGGGCCUGGAGUAUGGCCAGGGCAACGGGGGGGUCCUAUUCAGCACCUCCAUCACCCCUAACAGAGCCCCCAACCCCGACCCCCUGCGCCCCUCCACGCUUCCAAACUCCCCCACGGGACCGGGAGCUUCAGCCGUGUCGACGUCCGCUGGCUUCGACUUCAAAAGCCCUUCCUACGACAACUUCCUCACCUCCAGACCGGCCCGCUCCAUCCUGAAGGAGGUGACGGGGAGGAUGAGGGGCCGGCAGAGAGGGAGGGACUGCGAGAGCCAGACGGACGUUAGCGUGACCGUACACAACCUCAACCUGCUGGACAAAGUGAAGAGGUUGGGUGUGGCCGGAGCUCCAGGGGGGAGAACCAUGAGUCCCGGGCCCAUCCUGGGGCCUCUGGGCGGGCUGCGGCGGUCCGGCUCCCCCUUUGGACCCGAUGGGAUGAGGAGGAACCGCAGUUAUCCAGCCAUGGUGGGGGCCGGCAUGGCUAUGAAAGGCCCGGGACCUCAGGAGUAGUCUGGACUGCUGCUGGGCUUUAGGGUGGCCGGAAACUGACUGAAAAUGACUGACACUGUUCAUACUGUUCGACAACAAAAACUGUUUUUAAUCACUUCUGGUUCCACACUGACACUUUCCACUCUUAAAAUGCUUUAAGGUGGUGACUCAUGCAUUAAUUAAAACCAAAAAACCAAAAUUCCCCAAACAAUAUUAUUGCAAAGAAAAAAGUUUUCGGUUAUCAUCCCAGAAACUACAGAUAUUUGUACAGAUAUUUGUACAUUUGGACACAGAUAUAUACAAAUGUGGGCAUAUGAAUUAAUUGUAUGAAACUAAAUGUUAUGUAAUUGGGUGAAAUGACCCUUCAAAAUCUGAUUUCUAUUGAGAUAUCUCCCACUGCUUUCAGCUCACAUCCCUGCUUUGGAUACUGACUCUGCUGGCUAGAUGUAGUACUCCCACUCUCGCCUUUUUUCUGAAACAUAUCCACACACACACACACACACACACACACACACA